AUGCCGCAAAACUUGCAGAGGCAAGUGGACAAAGAAGUAGCCCCGUGGUUCUAUCGAUGCCGCUACUGCGGCCGAUGGAAGGAUUCCGGAGCCUUCAGCUCCGGCCAGGUCCAGUGGGCCAGCGAAAGCGACUUCUCCAAAAGACCUCGACGAGGGCGGCGCGAGCCCGUCUGCAGAGGCUGCGCCGGCUUCGCUUUACACCUGGAACGGGGCGUUUCCGAGACAGAGGUUGCAGGGAGCCUACCCUUGGAAUCCCGCUUCGCCUUGAUUAUGACUUUUUCCGGGGAGUAUCCGGGCUUACCGGAGUUCAACGAAGACAUUCUGCGCUGCAUCUUUUCGUUCCUGAUGGUGCGGGUUGCGCCCUUCGUGGCAGAUGUGGGAGAUGGAACCUUUCGCUGCACCGUCUGCAUGCGCGACUUCACCAGCCUGCCGAACGUCAUGCAGCACAUCGAAACAUCAAAGCGCCAUGUGUGCCCUAGUUGCAUGCAUCAGGUCAGUUGA